AUGCAAGAUGGCAUGAACAACGACUUGAUGGAUGUGCCAAGCCAAAUGUGCAGCGGAUUUGACUGUUCAGCUUUUGUACGAGCAGACACUCCCGCCCUCUCUACAUUCACAAAAGACGUUAUGGCUCCUUUCAUGAACGAAUCGCUGCCCACAGAGCCUACCAAGCAGCAGAGCAAGCAAAAUGACUACUCGCAAUUCAGCUCGAACGGAUACGAGGUCCCACAAGAUCGAUGCUACAGAGAUCCAUCGAAUCGCAAGAUUCGUGUCCUGACGAUAGGCGCAGGUAUCUCAGGCAUAUUGAUGGCAUAUCAGAUUCAGAAGCAAUGCGAGAAUGUUGAGCACGUCAUCUAUGAGAAGAACGAGAAUAUUGGAGGUACUUGGCUCGAAAAUCGAUAUCCUCGUGCUGGCUGCGAUAUUCCAAGUCAUGCGUAUACAUACCAAUUUGCGCUCAACCCAGAAUGGCCAAGAUAUUUUUCUUUCGCUGCAGAGAUCUGGUCGUACCUGGAUAAAGUCUGUGAAGCGUUCGAUCUGCGAAAAUACAUGAACUUCCAUACCGAAGUCGUUGGAUGCUUCUGGCAAGAGGAAACUGGAGAGUGGCUCGUCAAGCUUCGCGAACAUCGCCCCGGAAUGGAGCCACGAGAGUUUGAAGAUAGGUGUCAUAUGUUGAUGUACGGAGCAGGUGUUCUGAACAACUUCAAAUGGCCAGAGAUUCCAGGCCUCCAGGAUACAUUCAAAGGCCGGAUCGUCCACACUGCAAGAUGGCCAAAGGACUGGACAGAAGAAGAUUGGAAGAACGAGCGAGUAGCAAUUCUCGGAUCAGGCGCCUCGUCAAUCCAGACAGUACCAGGUAUGCAGCCACAUACCAAGCACUUGGACGUCUUCGUCAGGACUGGGGUCUACUUUGGAGUGCUAGCAGGAAAUUCUGGAAGCCAAGCCAAAACCUACUCAUCCGAAGAGAAAGACGCCUUUCGCCUUGAUCCUGACAGUCUCGUUGCUCAUGCAAAAGAAAUCGAAGACCAAGUCAAUGGCAUGUGGGGUGGCUUCUAUAGUGGCUCCAUGGGUCAAAAGAUGGGCUCUAUGUUUUUCAAGAAGCGUAUGGCGGAACACAUUAAGGACGAGCGCCUGCUCAAGGGCUUCAUCCCGACUUACGGACUCGGCUGUCGAAGAAUCACGCCUGGUGAUGUGUACAUGGACGCCGUGCAACAGAACAAUGUUGAUGUUCACUUCACGCCCGUCGUGCGCUGCACUGAAGACGGUGUGAUCGGCGGCGACGGCGUAGAACGAAAAGUCGACUCCAUCGUCUGCGCGACCGGUUUCGACGUCUCUUAUCGUCCGCGAUUCCCAGUCAUUGGCAAAAAUGGCAUCGACCUAAGGGACCAAUGGAAGGUCUGCCCCGAGGCAUAUCUUGGCUUGGCAAUUCCCAACAUGCCCAACUUUGUGACAUUCAUCGGUCCAUCUUGGCCAAUUGAGAACGGCUCGGUCAUGGCACCGUUGCAUUCUGUUUCAGAGUACGCUCUGCAAUUGAUCAGCAAGAUGCAGAAUGAGAAUGUUCGCAGCUUCGCGCCAAGACAAGAUGUCACGGACAAAUUCAACGAGCAUGUGCAAGAAUGGGUUAAGCAUACUGUGUGGAAGGAUGAUUGUCGAAGUUGGUACAAGAACAACGAAACUGGCCGGGUGAAUGCCAUCUGGCCAGGCUCUUCGCUACAUUAUCAACAAGUGAUCGAGAAACCUCGCUACGAAGACUUCCAGAUCGAUUACUUCGAUUCGAACCCAUGGGCCCAUCUUGGCAUGGGCUGGACGAUUGAGGAUCGUCUUGGUCCAAAGAAGGCCGACGUGAGUCCAUAUCUCUGCAAAGAGAAUAUCGAUCCCAGAUGGUUUGCAGCGAUCGGCGGGGACGUCAACGCACUUAGCAAAGAGAAAGCGUCUGCCAAACCUGCGAAGGAUGACUGCCAGACAUGUGAGCGAAAAGCAGUAGCAUUCUGA